CUCUCGGGAGAGGAGGCGGGGUCGCAGCUCAAGCCUCUUUGAGUCCAGCUCGCUGGGACGCUGUCCCGAGGGAAAAGAUGAGCGAGUUCACUGGAGAGUGCGCCCGGCUCCGGCGCUACCAUGAGCUCCCGGUGUGGGUGGUGGAAGACCAUCAGGAGGUUCUGCCCUUUAUAUACCGGGCCAUUGGCUCAAAGCAUCUUCCUGCAAGUAAUAUAAGUUUUGUGCAUUUUGAUUCACAUCCAGACCUCCUUAUUCCUGUGAAUAUGCCAGCUGACACUGUAUUUGAUAAGGAAACACUUUUCGGAGAAUUAAGUAUCGAGAAUUGGAUUAUACCUGCAGUUUAUGCUGGCCAUUUUUCCCAUGUAAUAUGGCUUCAUCCCACAUGGGCUCAGCAAAUCAGAGAGGGCAGACAUCAUUUUUUAGUAGGCAAAGACACUUCGACCACAACAAUCAGGGUUACAAGUACAGAUCAUUACUUUCUAAGUGAUGGUCUUUAUGUAACUGAAGACCAGCUAGAGAACCAAAAACCUUUACAAUUGGAUGUAAUUAUGGUGAAACCUUAUAAACUCUGUAACAAUCAAGAAGAAAAUGACACAGUGUCUUCUGCUAAGAAGCCAAAGCUAGCACUGGAGGAUGCAGAGAACACUGCCUCUACUAAUGGUGAAUCUUGUUCAGAAGGACUGGAAGACUCAGUGACACAGAGAAGAGACCAAACUUGUCUACAACCAUCAUGUUCAUGUUCUUCUGAAAGCCAAGAAUGCCACACUUCAGUCAGCACUGGAGAAAUCCUGAAAAUUUUGGAGAAAGGGGAUGCAUUUGUUUUAGAUAUUGACUUAGAUUUUUUUUCAGUCAAGAAUCCCUUCAAAGAAAUGUUCACUCAGGAGGAGUACAAAAUCUUAAAAGAGCUGUACCAAUUUAAAAAGCCUGGUACCAACCUGACAGAGGAAGAUUUGGUAGAUUGUGUUGAUACUCGAAUUCAUCAAUUAGAAGAUUUAGAAGCUGCUUUUGCCGAUUUGUGUGAUGGUGAUGAUGAAGAAACUGUACAGAAAUGGGCUUCAUAUCCUAGAAUGGAAUCAUUAGUUCCACUGGUACAAAGUUUGAAAAAACGGAUGGAAGAGCCGGACUAUGAAAUGGUUCACCAGGCUGGUCUAACCUGUGAUUAUUCAGAACUUCCUCACCAUGUCAGCACAGAACAAGAAAUUGAAUAUCUUAUUCAAUCUGUGUAUUACGUUCUAAAAAAUUUGCCAAAACCUACUGUAGUGACAAUUGCAAGGUCAAGUCUGGAUGAUUACUGUCCUUCUGAGCAAGUUGACACCAUUCAAGAAAAAGUCAUCAGUGUGCUACACUCCCUCUAUGGGACUCUAGACGUUCACCUGGUGUAUUCAGCAGAGUCCACUUCAUCUUGAAACAUCACAACGCUAGGCUCCUAUUAACAUCUUGAUGUAGUAACAGGGUUUUCAUUAACUUGUUUGCAAAUGAAUCUUCCAGAGAACACUUUGUUUUAAUAUUAACUUUCAUUUAAAAUCUUGCAAGUAUUUUGAAUCUCCGAACAGGUAUCACCAGUUGUUGAAUGAUGGCAGGGUUUUUUUGGCAUCAAGUCUACCCCCAGUUGAUGGAACUGAUGCUCAUCUUUCUUCCUGUCCAUCACUGUCAUCUUCACUUUUGUGAGGGUGUUUUUCCUCUUUUCCCCUCUUCCCCUUAGGUUGGUUGGACUGUAUGAGAUUUAUUCAUUUAUUCAUUCACUCACCCAACUGACAUUUUUUGAGCACAUUCAUGUGCCAGACAUAAUUAAGUGCUAGUUAUAUGGUAACAAACAGAAUAGACAAGGCCCCUGCCCUCUUGGUGGACAGCUGAGAAGCAAAUUAUGGAUUGUGAGACAUGUUAUGAAGGAAAGGAAAACCACAGACAUGUCUUAGGCAUGCUCUUAGUACGCAGGGCACCCUGGCCUUACAGGAAGGUAACAUUCUCAGAAGCUACUAGCAAAAUAAUGAUAAUAAUAAUAAUUUAAAAACUUGCCAGUCCAUGAAAAUGUUCUAGGAAGUCUACCUUUCCAAGACUUAGGAUUGUGGCCCAACUCUUAUGAAAUGCUCUCAGCAUUGUUGGUAUUGAGGGGGUCUAUUUGAGUAAAUUCAACCAAACAAAAAGUAACUUUUCUUCGCUAAUCAGAAAAACCCUCCAGGAUUUUUUGUUCCUCCAGAUGGUCAGAAUGGGUGUCAAUUACCAUUAUAUCAAUAGUUCCUAAGUGCCACUUUAUUGGCAGUCUGGGUUGAUAAUUUUUUCAAAUAAACCAGCUUUUUCUGUAAAUAGUAGGGGAAAGAAGUUAAGUCCUUAAUUCUGAUCUACCAUAAAUACCCAAGGACGUAACUGCCUUCCACCAGUCUCUCCAUGAGUAAGAGACCGUACCUAAGUCACUCUUGAUCAUGGAACUUUUCGUUUACUUAAUUUGCCAAAGUCUUCCUCUCUUCAGUAUUCCUCGUGUUCAGUAAUCAUUUUUAGCCACCUCCUUGGUUUCCUUUCCUUUAAAAGGUCAGGUGGCAUUUAAAGAAAAAAAAAAUACAUCAAUCCUCAUUCCUAAUACAGCAGUCGUUUUCAUUUUUGCAUGUAGCUUUUAAGCCUUGACCACAGGGGUACAGUUGCAUGUAGCUAAAAUUAUAGUGUGUUACCUAACUUGAUGGCUAAUACCCAAGGUCACAUUGCCAUUGCCACUCAGUAGGUGGCACCAGAUCCUAUUUUUCCAAUGAUUCUAUUUUCUAGCAAACUUUUCUUGUCAUUAAGUUGAUCUCCCAAUGCUAAUAAGUAUAAAUGCUUAUUUCUGUUGUGAAAAGCAAAGCAAACUGAUUCAACUUUCCAUUUUUGAUAGAACAUUAUGUGCCAAAAAGCUUUAUUUCCCUGUAAAAUCAGAAUGCAAAAUAGUGCUAUUGUUUAUUUUUUAAUUUUGAAAAAAUUUAUUAGAGUUCUGUAAAUGAUGUUACUUUUAUAAGUAAGUUAUUUUAUCAGCUAAAGUAAAUAAAAAGGUGUGUUUUGAGGUUUUAAAGAUUUAAAACCAAACUGUAGCACUAA